AACCAUGAGUGGAAGAGGCAAAACCGGUGGCAAAGCCAGAGCAAAGGCCAAGACCCGCUCCUCUCGCGCCGGGCUCCAGUUCCCGGUCGGUCGUGUCCACAGGCUGCUGAGAAAGGGAAACUACGCUCAGCGUGUCGGUGCCGGAGCUCCGGUCUACCUGGCGGCCGUGCUGGAGUACCUGACCGCUGAGAUCCUGGAGCUGGCUGGAAACGCUGCCCGCGACAACAAGAAGACCCGUAUCAUCCCCCGUCACCUGCAGCUGGCUGUCCGCAACGACGAGGAGCUCAACAAGCUGCUGGGCGGAGUGACCAUCGCUCAGGGCGGCGUGCUGCCCAACAUCCAGGCGGUCCUGCUGCCCAAGAAGACCGAGAAGGCCGCCAAGAAGUAAACAUGGACCCUCUCUGACUGCUGGAGACAACACAAAGGCUCUUUUAAGAGCCACACACUUCUCAUUUAAAAAGCUGUUUCUAAACAUGAAUUGAAAUAUUGUGCCAUAUAUAAAUAUUCAAGGCAUUUAUUAAGAACAAUAAAAUUUCAAAUGUGUUAACCACCAACUAGAAGAUCAUAAUGAUGCAGAUAGAAAAAGAUGUUUGCAGAUAACUUGACUGGUUGUCUCUACUAUCAGGUUCCUCAAUAUUUGACUCUUGAAAUCUUCUGAUGUCGAGAUUUAUUUUACAGAUUAAUCAAUGUUGCUUUUGUAAAAUAUAACAGUGCUUUACACAAUAGACUAGCUCCACUCAAAGCACUCAAUUACACUAGAAGACCUAUAUAGAUUUAUAUUAUGAUUUUAUUUAUUUCUCCUCCAGCUCUUCAAUUAAAGUCUCAGAUUUCGUCUUCAUGUCACUUUCCCUUUUAAUCAUGUCAUCUGUC